UGGAAAACCUUGCAAUGCCACCGAAAUCCCCAUUUUAUCCCUUUCAAUCAACAUCUUCUUGUAUACGCGUGUUUGUCCUCCCUCUCCUCUUCCCCCUUCUUUGACCAAUCCAAAGCCGGCGAAUGCCGUCCCGUACCUGCCAUCUCCAACCCCCAACUCCCUCCACAUAAAAUCAAACCCCUCCCAACUCCUCCCCUCCCCAACCCCCAUUCCCUCUCUAUCUCCACCCCCCAUUAAUUCCCUUCUAAUUCCAAUUCUAUUCCGUCGGUAGUUCGAGAGGACUAGAAUUCUAACAAUAAUCCCCAUGAUAAUCCCGGCUAAUCCCUUCUCCGUAGUCCUGGCCGCCGUCUGCGGUCUGGCGGUCCUGCGGACCAUCCUAUCGGCGAGGGCACUGCUCUACCACCUGGGGCGGUGGUGGCGGUGGGUGGACGAGCGCGUGCAGGUGUACCAGUACUUCGAGAUCCCGCGGUACAACGAGAGCUCCCAGGAGAACCCCCUCUACCGGAAGGCCGCCGCCUACGUAGCCUCCCUCCCCUCCCUCGAGGACGCCGCGGCCGCCACCCUCUCCUCCUCCGGCCGCAAGCCCAACGACUUCCUCCUCCACCUCGGCCCUGGCCAGUCCGCCCACGACUCCUUCCUGGGCGCUCGGGUCUCCUGGUCUAGCCGUUCUCCCGGCGGCGGGUGUCUCGUCCUUCGCGUCCGCCGUCAGGACCGCACCCGGGUUCUCCGCCCCUAUCUUCAACAUGUUGAGUCCGUCGCCGACGAGAUCGACCUCCGGCGGAGGGAGGUCCGGCUGUUUACGAACGCCGGCGGCGGCGGGGAGGGGCCGCGGUGGAGGUCGGUGCCGUUCACCCACCCGUCAACGCUAGACACGGUAGCGAUGGACCCGGAUCUGAAAACCCGAGUGCGGGCGGAUUUGGAGGCGUUUCUUAAAGGCCGGGCAUAUUAUCACCGCCUCGGCCGGGUGUGGCGGCGGAGCUAUCUGCUAUAUGGUCCGCCGGGGACCGGCAAAUCCACCUUUGUGGCUGCCAUGGCCAAAUUCCUUGGCUACGACAUCUACGACGUGAACCUCUCCCGGCUCGCCGCCGACGGGGCGGAUCUCCUGUCUCUCCUCCUCCAUACGACACCGCGGUCGGUGAUCCUCGUGGAAGAUCUCGACCGGUAUCUAAGCGGGAAAGAAAGCGGGUCGUCGUCGUCGUCAUCGGCGGCGGCGGCGAGGCUGACGGAGAUGCUGAGCUUCAUGGAUGGAGUCUUCUCGUGCUGCGGGGAAGAGAGGGUGAUGGUGUUCACGAUGAGCGGCGGCGAGGGGGGAAAGGAGGGGUUGGACCCAGCGGUGCUGCGGCCGGGGAGGUUGGACGUCCACAUCCACUUCCCGAUGUGCGAUUUCUCGGCAUUCAAGACGCUGGCGAGCAGCUACCUGGGGCUCAAAGACCACAAGCUGUACCCCCAAGUGGAGGAGGUUUUCCAGAACGGCGCUCAGCUGAGCCCCGCGGAGGUGAGCGAGAUCAUGAUCGCCAACCGGGGCUCGCCGACCCGGGCGAUCAAGUCGGUGAUCAGCGCAUUGCAGCAGUCUGGAAGGAAGCUGAGCGAGAGCAGGUCCGGGCGGCGGACGGAGGAGACAGGGAGCGAGUGGAGCGGCGGCGGCGGGUUGGGCUUCGGGAGGGAUUCGACGACGAUGAGGGAGUUUCGGAAACUGUAUGGUUUCAUUAAGAUGAGGAGUGGGAGCAAGAAGGAAGGGGUGAUGCCAGUCGAGGCGGCCGCGGCCGCUACUCCUCCAGAUAAGGAAUAUUCACACUGAACAACAGAAGGAGAAAGAGUUCUUAUUUUGGAACUUAAGGUAAUUAGAAUUUAGAUGAUUUGUUUUUCCUUUUUCUUUUCUUUUUUUUCUCCUCUUCAAACUCCAGGUAAUGGAAUUUUAUCUGGAUUUUAGUUUUUUUUUUUUAAAAAGGUUUAUGGGAAGGUGAAACGGGGAUCGAUCAAGGUGUAGAAUGUAGAAAGAAAUGGUUAUGUAAACGGUGAAGUGCAAAUGGCACACUGUUUUCUGUUUGGAAUAUGAAGAUGAUAGCUCAAGAUCUUGCUUUAUUCUUGAAAUAUUUAUUGUUUUGAAAAUAAAAAAUUAUUGGAAAA